UCUAAGAAAAAGUUCGAAUCAAAUGCUCUUCUAUAAAUUCUAAUUAGUGCUAAAUGAGCAUUUGUAUCAGGGAUAUUUAGGGUGAUAUUGCAUUGAAAAGGAAAAAGAAAUGAUAGUUAAUUUGGUGUUUUUUUUAACCUGUCCCUAGCAGCGCCCACCUCUUUUUGCUCUUUUGUUGACUUGAACGCACAACCUUUGAAAGUGUACCAUCUGAGCAACUCCCUAUUGUCAGUACCUUGAGUUGAAAGUGAGGGGUGCUUAUCAUUCGACCAACUCCCUCUUGUCAGUUACUUGAGUUGGAAGUGAGGGGUGCUUACCAUCUGAGUAAAUCCCUCUUGUCAGUUACUUGAGUUGGAAGUGAGGUGUGGUUACAAUCCAAACAACUCCCUCUUGUCAGUUGCUUGAGUUGAAGGUGAGGGGUGCUUACCAUCCGAGCAACUCUCUCUUGUCAGUUGCUUGAGUUGGACGUGAAGGGUGCUUACCAUCCAAACAACUCCCUCUUGUCAAUUACUUGAGUUGGAAGUGAGGGGUGCUUAUCAUCCGAACAACUCUCUCUUGUCAGUUACUUUGAUGUGCAUUCCUGCUAAACAAGGAAUUAAGUUCGAUAUAGCAUUGGCAUGAGCAUUUUCAUUGCAGAUCUUUUUUGGCCAAACCCUCCAUUAACAUGAUGAUGUAACUAUAACGUCACCUCUACUGGACACUAUUCCCUCUGAGCCAUAUCUUAGAGAAGAAAGAAAUGAAAAAAUGUUAUUCAAUUGAAAUUUGACAAUAUUAUUGGCGCUACUUGUCACUUACUACUUUUUUUUUUUUUGGUUUUCCAUCCGGUGUUCAGUGCCGGCAUUGGAGCCCCGACUAAUUUGGAUCGCGCGUUGCAGGGCCCAUUAAGGUGGUAGCGCUCCCAACAGAGUUUUCUCCAUAUCCAGGGUCGAACCCUCGACCUCUGGUUAAGGGUGGAGCAGACUCAUCCACUGCACCACAACCAAUGUUGGUGUUACUUAUUACUUAUUUGUGCAGAUAAAAAUGGCACAGUACCCUCCUCCAUUUUUUUCACUACUAUAUAUAUCUCUCUUAUUUCAGAAGAAUUUUCUCAAGAACUCAACAGGAAAACAAUGGAUCUUAAGUUUUAUUAUUGUUUUCUCUCCCUAAUUCUGUUGGUUGCUUAUGGAACAGAAGCUAGGAAAGUUGUUCAAGGAAAUUCUGAAGACGGUAAUCAGCAAGCAUUAAAAGCGAUUUAUGGAUCUGAAGACAAUCAUCAGCAAUCGAUUUCCAGUAAUGGAAAGCUGAUGCCUCCCUUCAUUUUUUAUAAACAGGACAACGAUGAGCAAGUGAAGAAAGAGAACAAACAUAUCCAUUCUGAAGACAACCAUCAGCAAGCAUUAAAAGCGAUUUACGGAGCUGAAGACAAUCAUCAGCAAGAGAUAUCUGGUAACAAAAAGCUGACGAUUCCCUUCUUUUUUUAUAAACAGGCCAAUGAUGAGCAAGUGAAGAAAGAGAAUGAACAUAUUCAUUCCGAACACAAUCAUCAGCAAGAGAUUUCCGGUAACAAAAAGUUGGCGAUUCCCUUCUUUUUUUAUAAACAGGCCAAUGAUGAGCAAGUGAAGAAAGAGAAUGUACAUAUUCAUUCCGAACACAAUCAUCAGCAAGAGAUUUCCGGUAACAAAAAGCUGGCGAUUCCCUUCAUUUUUUAUAAAGAGGGAAACAACGAGCAAGUGAAAAGAAGGAAUGAACAUAUAAUGCAUUCAUCAUCCCAUACACAUAUGGAUGAUCCUUCGAUAGCAUCAAUUUUCUUCCUUCAGGAUGAUCUAAAGAUGGGGAAAACAGUAACUCUCUCCUUUCAAAAAAGAAUAAAUCUAAUUUCUUCUCCUUCUAAUUCCCCGCAAAAUUUCUUUCCCAAAAAAGCAGCCGAUUCCAUUCCAUUUUCAUUCAAGGAACUCCAAAACCUUCUUCAACGUUUCUCGUUGUCUGAAAACUCUCCACAGGCUAAAUCCAUGGAAGAUGCAUUGAGAAUAUGUGAAUUAUCAUCACCUAUAACGGGAGAGACACAGUACUGUGCCACAUCCGCGGAGGGAAUGCUCGACUUUGUUCACGAGAUCAUGGGAGAGAAAACCCAAGUCAAAACUCUAUCCACAACAACUCAUUUCUCAAACGAGGACUCAACUCCUCACCCACAGAACUAUACUAUUGUGGAUGUUCCACAAGAAGUUUCCGCUCCUAAGAUGGUGAUGUGUCAUAUCCUGUCUUGUGAUUACACGGUUUUCUAUUGUCAUCACACGAUUAGCGAUGAAAGAAAGGUGUCCAAAGUUUCAUUGAGGAAUGAAGCAAAUGGUGAUACAGUGGAAUCAAUUGCUGUAUGUCACUUGGAUACCUCUGAAUGGGAUCCAUCUCAUGUAUCUUUCCGAGUGCUCGGUGUAUUACCAGGAGCAUCACCUAUCUGUCACUUCUUCCCAUCAAGUAAUGAUCUAGUGUGGGUUCCAAAAACUGGAAAUGAAGCACUUUGAAAGAUCAAAGCAACUAGCUCCACCAUGUUUCAAUGUUAUUGCUUAUGUGUGUACUAUAUUUGAUUGUAUCUGCUUUCCAUUUUCCAGUAUUCCUGUUUGAGUGUCCUCUUGAUGAUUGUUAAAUAAAUAAAAUAUGCUUUUCAUAAAA